AGAACGUCUGGCAGCCCCAUUGCUAUGACGAUGAACACUCUUUGUUCUUUCUGAUUUGGAUUUUCCAAAUCCAGCAAUUUCCUCGUUGCUUCGCACCUUUUUGCUGUAAUGUCAGAGUUUGAGUGAAUCAGACAGACUUGGACUAAGAACCAGCUCAAUUCAAAGCGCGUGUGUCCUUCACCACCGUUAAUUUCGAGAAGCAAUCGGAAAACCUAACCCUAGAAAUCUCACCCCCUCCUUCCCCCCAAUGUUCCCUCGAAAACCCCGAAAUUCAGGAUUUUCCGAUCGGGUUGUUGUUUCGUGGGCCCCGCAGAUACCCUCCGCCACCAUCAUCUUCACCUUCAUCGCCACUUCUGCUUGUUAAUCUUUCUCCUUCUACGGUCGGUUGAGUGGAAUGCCUCUGUAACCCUUAAUAAUCAGAUCUCCAGGUCGUUGUCGAUGUUGUUGGGCAUUCUCUCUUCCUAAUAAUCCUCUGUUUCUGAGGCAAUUUCAAAUUAGUAUCAUUGAUCGAUAUAUAUACACUGCGAGAUUUUUCGGCAUCGAUUUGAUUCGAUUUUUCUGGUGAUUAUUGCCUUGGGGGUGUUACAUUGUUAGGGAACAGCAGAUGGCAAACGUGAAUAGUCAUAACGAUGAGGAGAAUAAUGAACAUGGGUUACCUUCGGUUAUCGGCGUUGGCGAAGGAAAUGGUGGUGGUGAGGGUGCCGGUGGGGCAACGGCAGCAGCGGAGGAGGUUGUCCUCAAGAAGGGUCCAUGGACAGCGGCGGAGGAUGCGGUGCUUAUUGAUUAUGUGACGAAGCAUGGUGAAGGGAAUUGGAACGCGGUGCAAAGGAAUACGGGUUUGGCUCGCUGUGGCAAGAGCUGUAGGUUGAGAUGGACGAACCAUUUACGCCCCAAUCUGAAGAAGGGAGCUUUCUCUCCUGAGGAAGAGAAGCUCAUUCUGGAGCUUCAUGCUCAGUUUGGCAACAAAUGGGCUCGAAUGGCCACUCUCUUACCUGGGCGAACAGACAAUGAAAUUAAGAACUACUGGAACACAAGGGUGAAGCGUCGGCAAAGGCAAGGCCUGCCACUUUAUUCCAGUGAUUCUGAUCAAACAACCACAUCUGCAGCCCCAGCCACCUCUUGCACACGACCAUUCACAGGAUCCACUGCUACGAAAUUGGAUUAUUAUAUUCAGAACCCCUAUCCUCUGUCUUCCUUCCAUGCAGGAUCCUCCUAUUCCACUCACACCCCUUUCUUGGACCCCAAUUCUCUGUCUUCUUCUUCCUUUCUUUCCUUCCCCUCUCACCAGCCUACUUCUUCAUUACAUAUCGCUCCCCUUCAUUCCAAACGUUGCCGUACCUCUUUGUCCCUCCCAGAUGCACAAUUAACUACCCCAUUAGUGGAUCUUGAUGGACUCAACUUUCCAUCCCAAUUUAAUUCGAGUUCAUGUCAAAUCUUCCAGUCCCCGUUAGAGUCAUCAUCUUCAGUUCCCGGGGUUCCAAGCUCAUCUUCCAUUUUGUCCACCAAAAUGGAGCUCCCUUCAAACCAAUUUUCCCAAUCCAAUAACGACCUGCUGGGAGAUCUUCUCCUGGAAGCUCAAGUAUUGGUUUCUGGCCAGAAUUUGAAGAAACGGACAUAUUCGAGUUUCAGUGAAGGAAAUGGUUUCCUAGAUGGAUAUAUGGGCUUGGAUGAUUUGCCGCAAAGCUCAGUUUACUGGUCUUCAGGACUGCAACCAAAGUCAGAACCAUCAGACAUGAGCAAAUCCAUGAAUGAUCUUUCCACACUGAUAUCUGAAAUGCCUUCCACCAUUCAGGUUCCUGAAUGGCACAAUGACAUAACUGUACAAGCCUCCAAUAUUGAAACUUCUGGUGCUAUAAUGGGUGAUGAUAAUUUUGAACUUGACUUCAAGCCUAUCACUUCGUUGAUUCCUGUCAACACCACGGCAAACCCUAAUGAAAAUCCUGGUUUCUUCUCAUGGGAUACCUUACCUGGACUCUGCUGAGAUUGGUUCACAGAGAAAUGAAACUUUCUUCUUAGUUGUGUACCAUUAAAUAUCUUGAAAGCUAUGAAUUCUAAUGAGCUUUCUUGUUUGAUCAAUUUUAUUGGGGGUUAUAAAAUUCCAUACCA